CACGAGAGCCCGCGGCUAGGAACGAGUGCACGACAGGCCGUUGUUUGCUUGGCUGCUAUUAGUCCCUUCACGCACGUCCUUGCAUACAUAGCGACACUCUCCUGCUCGCCGCCCGGGGACCUGUGCGCAUUCUCGUGUUUCCUGUCGCGUUGUUGUCACCUCAUCCCAUCUGCACCUGCAAAUCCGCGCCUGCCCCCGCGCCGCAAGCUCGUCAUCGUCAUCGACCGCUGUCACGAGCCGCUGGAACCACCCACGGCGCCUCAGCAACACCACCGGAUGCCGUGAACUCGCACAGAGUCCAGCAUACCUUGCUGCUCUUCGCCUCACCCGACCCUCCUAUCACCGUAUCUUGCCACACGCCGCCCGCCAACAUGCCCCGCCCUCUGCGGCUCCUCGUCUCGCUGACCACGAGCCUGUUCGCCGUUGCGCUGCUCCUGUAUGUCACCCUGGGCGCGCAACACGACCAAGAGCUCCAGGGAGCGUCACAUGCGCAGAAGCAGUCCAGCGUCAACGCCCUCUUCUCCUUCACCUCGCCCGGCUCGCUCUUCCCUCCGUCCGCCAUCAUCAGCCUCACCGACGACAACUCAACCUUCUUCCUCGCCCGACCUGCAGCGUUUGGGCCCGACCUUCCAAGCGAUGGGCUGAGCGGCCCGCUGUGGAUUGGCAGUGGCUUCGGCGACGACGCCUUGAGCAGAGGCGAGCUUGGCUGCAGCGACAUACCUGGCUGGGAUGGGAGCGAGGCACUUGGAUAUGCUCUGAAGCCAGCCUCUGCUACGAAGAGCCGGCGGACUGGUCCUCUGGCCGAGAAGAAGGACAAGCCAAGGCGAGCUGCCCUGGACGAAGACGUCGUGCGACAUCCUAUAGACGAUGGCACCGACGACCACCUCCAUCAGCCUCUUGGACAGGACACCCCACGCUCCUCAGACCACGCCGAUAUCCAGUCGCUCCAAGAAAGCGCCGAGAUCGCAGGCAAAGUGGUACUACUGAAACGGGGAGGUUGUGGCUUCUUAGCCAAAGUAGAGUGGGCUCAGAGACGCGGCGGUGUCGCUGUCAUCGUGGGCGACGACGUACGUGGAGGAGGUCUGAUUCGGAUGUACGCUAGGGGCGAUACUUCCAACGUUACCAUCCCAUCCUUAUUCACUUCGCAUACGACUGCACACCUACUCUCGUCGCUCCUGCCGUCCGGAAAGACCUUUCCAGGCAUUCUACCCUCUCAGCAGAAGAACAAGCUUGGACCGACAGGAACCACGCAGCCAACCACCACACCAUCUCCAGGCGCUCUUACGUCUGUCGAGGCAACCCCUCAUGAGGAUGAUUGGUUACACUCGCUGCUGACCGCUCUGGGCUUAGCCAGUGCCAAAGAGCAGCCAACAGACAACUUUGAAAUAGGCAAAGACGAUUGGCGGGACCCCAAAUUCCGCAAUCUGCCUACGACGACUCUACCCGCUCCUUCUACAUCUCUUCCAACGCCGUCCUCUUUCGCGGCAAGCAAUAAUGGUCACAAGGUGGGGACGAAGUAUGCAGCGCCCAACAGCCAAAAGAAAGCGCACUGGCGCUCGUGGCUGAGCUCAAGUCGAAGAAGCGUCACGUCCAUUACUAGCGCUGACAGUCACGAGAUUGAUACUCUUUCUGGUGACACGCAACCGCACGAAGGUCUCUGGGUGACGCUCACACCGACGAAUGUGUCGUCCAGUCCAUUUUUUGACACACUUCUUGUCCUCGUUGUCAGUCCGCUUGUAACACUUUCCGUCGUCUACGCUCUAUUGCUCCUUCGGUCCCGCAUAAGACGCCGGCGAUGGAGAGCUCCAAAGUCGGUUGUCGAACGUCUUCCUGUUCGAACCUAUCACACUAUCAGCGACUCGUCGUCGACGCCCUCGGCUGCAUCCGAAGCAGCAACUCCUACCACCCCGCUACUUCAACGUGCUCCCUCCCGUCCUGCGUCUUCGCCAUCCCAUUCGACUUCACGAGACGAGCCCGAGACACCAGCUACAUCUUCUUCUGUUCAACGUACAACUCGUGAUCGAGAGGAGGAAAAACGCGAAACUGGGCUCGCUGAAUGGAGACGUCGCUAUGGUGGUCGACAGAAAGAAUGCGUCGUCUGUCUUGAGGAGUAUGUGGACGGUGUGAGCCAAGUGAUGAGCCUUCCGUGCGGCCACGAAUUCCACGUUGACUGCAUAACACCUUGGCUAGUCACACGCAGACGAACGUGCCCCAUCUGCAAAGGCGAUGUCGUGCGAACACUAUCACAGGCGUACCUUGACAAUGCAAGCCCCUCGUCUCAUACGCCUUUGCUAGCCGAUGAUGGCCAUGUUGUGGACGCAUUACAGAUCCAAGCUGCUGAGACUCGGAAUGACUCCCCUUCGGCUUCACAGCCUUUGUCGGAGACUAUGUCUGCGCCCGGUAGCCAUCGCACAGAGUCGGACGACGAUGUGGAAGCUAAUUGGUCUGGUGAGGAGCCUCAGCCAAACGCUCGAGACAUUCCCGGGAGUCGAGCAACGGAGCUGAGUACUUCAGUACGCGACUUGAGUUCUACCGUUUCCACUGUCAUUUGGCGAGGCUUUGAUGCAGUCAGGACUACUGCUGGUCUUCAGCGACGUCCUCCGCCAGAAGACGUCGACCGAGAUCGGUAAUCGAUACUACGUUGCUUACGUUUGGAUGACACUUGAAUCGCAUUGGAAUGGGACAUACCCCCGGCUAGGAAUAUACGGCGUCGCAUCUGUUAAGCGGCAUACAUACGGCGUUUUAUGACCCAAAUCAACUCAAUCUUUACCUGCAA